AUGAAACGUUUCAUGGACACCAAUCAAGCCCUACCAGCUGUGUUACCAGUGUUUCCCACUUUUGAGGAAACCAGGACAAUACAGGCUGGUAAUGUCAAAAACGUCGACUGGGGAGUAGAGGAGGCUAUCAUAGCUGAAGCGAAAGCCGUAGGGUUGCCCAGAGGAGGAACUUGCGACUUGGGAGUAAGCCUGGAGUACACUGAGCUUCCUAAGGCAGCUGCAGUCGUAAUAACCAUCAAAGGAGAGGAGAAGCUGCACUCGCACGUUCUUUCAAUUGAAAAUGUGGACCGUCACAAGGGCGGCGUUUACAUAUGCACGGCCAAUAAUGGAGUCGGUCAACCAGCUUCCAGUCAGGUUGUCCUACAUGUACUUUUACCACCAAGGAUUCAUCACAUUAGCACCGGCGGACAUUUGCAAGUCAAAAAAGGUUCAUCAGUGCGUAUUGAGUGUUCAGCCUCCGGUAAUCCGACGCCAAACGUAACUUGGAGCCGCAAGAAUAAUAUUUUGCCCAACGGAGAGGAGAAGCUGCACUCGCACGUUCUUUCAAUUGAAAAUGUGGACCGUCACAAGGGCGGCGUUUACAUAUGCACGGCCAAUAAUGGAGUCGGUCAACCAGCUUCCAGUCAGGUUGUCCUACAUGUACUUUAUCCACCAGAAAUUAGUGUUGAACGUGCAGUUGUAUUCUCGGGCGAAGGACAUGAGGCUAUGUUGGUUUGCAUUGUACAUGGGGAAACACAACCUGAGGUCGUUCCGGUGAUUGCAUUAUCAUAUGCAUAUCACACAAAUGGUAUCUCAGAUAUAAAAUUUUCGGCAUCCACUAGUCUAUUGAGCAAACAUGAGCCCAUGUUCAUAUCACGUUCUGAAACAUUCAAGUUCGUCGCUGGCGAUACAAUAGUACUGCCAUGUGAAGUUGAAAAUACUGAUCCUUAUGUAGUUGCCUGGAAACGUGGCAUAGCUAUACUUACAGCUGGCUCAGUUAAGGUCACACCGGAUCCACGUGUACGUCUAUCUAACAGAUUCAAUUUACAAAUACGCGAUGCUGUGCCACAGGAUGCUGGAGAUUAUAUAUGCCAAAUUGCAACAAUGGAACCACGUGAAAUUACACACACUGUUGAAAUUUUGGAAACACAAACACAUAAACGUAAACGUAAACGUAAACAACAAACAUGA